AUGCCAUCAGCAGGCGACAGCAACGCGGACAAGGUGGUCCUGAUCUCCGGGAUCAAUGGGUACAUCGCGACGCACAUAGGGCUGCAGCUCCUGCAACGCGGGUACCGAGUGAGGGGCACGUCUCGGUCGAUCUCAGCCAGGGACCAUUUGUUGAGCGGGGCGUUCAGGGGCUACGAGUCGCAGUACGAGCAUGUCGAGGUCAAGGACAUCGUUGCCCCCGGCGCCUUCGACGAGGCCGUCAAGGGCGUGCACGCGAUCCUGCACACGGCGAGUCCCGUCGACUUCACGCUGAAGACGGUGGACGAGUUCUUCGGCCCGGCCGUGGGCGGGAACCUGUCGAUUCUCGAGUCGGCAAGGACGUUCGCGGGACCGCAGCUCAAGAGCUUUGUGGUGACGAGUUCGAUCGCCGCCAUCGUCGACCGCUGGAGACUACCCGCCGACCACGCCUACAGCGAGGCCGACUGGAACGAGAUGGGCGAGUCCGUGGCGCGCCGCGAGUUCUCGGCGCCCGUCGCCUACGGGGCGUCCAAGGCGGCCGCGGAACGAGCGGUGUGGAAAUGGGUCGAGGCCAACCACCCCGCCUUUGCCGUGGCCGCCAUCAACCCGGCCGUCGUGACGGGCCCGCCGGUGUCGUGGCCCGCGACCCCGGACAAGCUCAACACCACCCUCCUCCCGAUCUGGAACAUCUACAGCGGCGGUGCCAAGGUCAUGCCGCCGCAGAUCGGCGGCGCGGGUUACAUCGACGUGCGCGACGUGGCCCGCAUGCACGUCUGGGCCAUGGAACACCCGGACCAGAGCAACGGCGAGAGGUACCUCAUGUCCAAUGGCAAGGCGCCCCCGCAGGCCGCCGCCGAUUUGCUGAGGGAGCACUUCCCGGACCGCGACAUCAUCGUCGGCGACCCGGGCCAGGGAUACACCCGGGACUACUGGUUCGUGCAGGGCGAGCAGACCAGUGUCUCGACAAAGGCAUACAAGGCCCUAGGGGUCACCAGGUUCAUCCCCUAUGAUAAGAGCGUUUUGGACACGGUCGAGGCCUUUGAGAAGCACUGGCCGGGCCUGGCUCAGAAUUUCAAGCACAAGAACUAG